AUGGCCCCCCUUAAAGGCAAGUCAUUGAGCCUCGUCAUCGGUCUCGUUGGCGCUGUCGGGUUCGUACUACAGGGUUACGAUCAGGCAGUUGCCAAUGGAUUGUUGACAUUGGGCUCUUUCAUCGCUGUCUUUCCUCAAAUCGAUACUGUGAAUACCAGCGGUAGUGAGAAAGCCCACAACUCUAAAAUUCAAGGCACAACGGUCGCUAUCUAUGAGGUCGGAUGUGCACUAGGUGCAUCUUCCUGUGCCUUUCUAGGGGACAGACUUGGUCGUCGCAAGACCAUAUUACUUGCUGGUUGCAUAGCCUUAGUUGGCAUAGCAAUUCAAGCAAGUCCCUUCUCGCUCGCCCAACUUAUCGCUGGCAGAGUUGUCACGGGCCUCGGUGUCGGUGGCUUUACCGCUACAAUCCCAAUGUACGUCUCCGAGUCAUCUGGAGCAGAGGCCCGUGGGCAAAUGGUGCUGCUGGAGGGAUGGUUUGCAAUCGGCGGCAUUGUUCUCGCAACUUGGUUAGAAUUCGGACUCUUCUAUGUCAGCGACAACUCUGUUAGCUGGCGAUUUCCUAUUGCAUUUCAAGGCCUCUUUGGUCUCGUUGUUGUGAUGUGUAUUAUGCUACUCCCCGAGUCUCCCCGUUGGCUCGCACGCGUCGGACGCUUCGAUGAAGCAGCUGAAGUGCUGGCCUGCAUGGAAAAUGUGCCAAUCGACUCAGAGCAUGUCCUACAGGAACUUGAAAUUAUUCGGCAGUCACUUGCAAUUGACGAGAACACCGAAUCGGCAGGCUCCUCUUCGCCAUUUGCGCCCACGAAGAACCGCCACCUGCACCGCACAGUGAUUGCUGUGGGUGUGAACAUUCUGGCGCAGAUGACCGGUGUCAACAUUAUAACUUUCUACUCUGAUACUAUUUUCGAGUCGGACCUGGGUUACUCAGGCACUCUCUCACGAAUAAUUACCGGAUGUCUGCAAAUAUGGCAGUUUUUGGCUGCCGGCCUGGCUGUUCUACUCAUUGAUCGUCUCGGACGUCGUCCGCUGCUCAUUACUGCCACUGCCGGUAUGACUAUUGCUCAGGCCUGUCUUGCCGGGUUAUCAAGCGACCUUGAAAACAGGUCUGCAGCUGGCGCAUCACUCCUGUUCUAUUUCGUAGCACUUUUUUGCUUCCCCAUUGGACUUUUCCUUGUCCCAUUUAUGUACGCCGCAGAGAUUGCACCGCUACGUACGCGUGCUAAGGUGACAGCCAUGUCAGCUGCAGCAAAUUGGCUCUUCAACUUUGUGUUGGCAGAGGUGAGCCCUGUCGGAUUCGCUACUAUCCACUGGCGGUAUUACAUUGUAUACACGUGCAUCAGCGCCUUUGCUUGUGUAUCUUUCUACCUCUUCUGCCCUGAGACUAAGGGCCGUACACUAGAGGAGAUUGAUGAUAUUUUUGUUCAGUCGAAGUUAGUAUUCGAUACAGUUCGCAUCGCACGGGAGAUGCCUUACCAGACGGAGAUUCUGGCGCACAUCGACAAUAAUACCGAGAAAGGUGGAAUGGAGUCUACGCAGGUGGAGAACGCUUGA